GGAUUGGAGUACAGUGGAGUGAGGCAGCGGUUGCAGAGAGGUGCUGCAGAUGGGAAGAGUGGAGAGAUGCUCUUGAGUUGCUAUACUGACGCUAGCUUCAACUCAGUGAAAGCGGAUGGCACCAGCAUUGGGGGUUAUGUGUGCUUGCUAGGAGGUGGUGCUGUGAGCUGGCGCAGCAAGAAGCAGAAUGAGGAGGAGGAGGAGGAGGAGGAGGAGGAGGAGGAGGAGGAGGAGGAGGAGGAGGAGGAGGAGGAGGAGGAGGAGGAGGAGGAGGAGGAGGAGGAGGAGGAGGAGGAGGAGGAGGAGGAGGAGGGGGAGAGGAGCUCCUAUCCCCCCUAGAAUUUGGGAUAAGAGGAGCUUGAGCCU